ACUCCAGAGAUCUCAAACCUAAACACUUUAAUGGGAAAAUAACUGGAAAACUACAUGAGAAGGACUGCACCACUGUCUUUUAUAAUGUUAGUUCAAAGCACAAUGGUAAAUAUUACUUCAGGAUUAUGAGUGGAGAUCUGAAAUACACCUACAAACAAAACUUCUCCACUAUAAAAGUCAUUGAGUCUCCUCCCAAACCCAGAGUGCAGCUGUCUGUGGAGCAGAAGGAGGUGCAGGGUCAGGAGGAGGUGUUGGAGGUGUUGGAGGGGAGCUCUGUGAGUCUGCGCUGCUCUGCUGAGACUCUCUGCUCCUCUCCUCCACCAACUCUCACAUGGAGCUCCACUCCCAGAAUCCCCCUCAGUGAGAGCAGCAGACUACAGGAGCUCAUCUCUGAUCUGAACUUCACUGCUACUCACCGUGAGCACGGAGUCACUUUCAUCUGCACUAUAACCUACCAGCUACAGGACAAGAACAAAACAGAACAGGACAGCAUCGCACUACAUGUUCAGUAUUCACCCAAAAACACAACAGUGUCUGUGAUUCCCUCCAGCUCUGUGUUGGAGGACAGUUCAGUGACUCUGAUCUGCAGCAGUGAUGCAAAUCCAGCAGUGUUGAACUACACCUGGUCCAGAGAGAGUGAAGGACAGUUGAAGCAGCUGCAGACUGGAGACACUCUUACCUUCAAUAGGACCGACCCGACACACAGAGGCUGGUACCACUGUACAGCUCAGAACCAACACGGCAGCCAAAACUCAUCAGUGAUGCUGGACAUUCAGUAUGCCCCAAAAAACAUGUCAGCUUUAGCGAUUCCCUCCAGCUCUGUGUUGGAGGGCAGUUCAGUGACUCUGAUCUGCAGCAGUGAUGCAAAUCCAGCAGUGAACUACACGUGGUCCAGAGAGAGUGAAGGACAGAUGAAGCAGCUGCAGACUGGAGACACUCUUACCUUCAAUAGGACCGACCCGACACACAGAGGCUGGUACCACUGUACAGCUCAGAACCAACACGGCAGCCACAACUCAUCAGUGAUGCUGGACAUUCAGUAUUUUCCUCAGAUCUCUACUUCUUCCAGCUGUAGCAGAACUAAUGUAACUGUGUGUUUCUGUGAGGCUGAUGGAAAUCCCUCUCCUGAACUGGAGUGGCAUCUGUCUGGACGUCCUGUCACUAACUCUUCAAACACGUUCAUCAGUGAAGAGCGAUUGAGCAGCACAGUCUUGAGGAGCUCCAUCACUCUCCAUCAGUCUCUCACAAACACAUCUACUCUGCAGUGUGUCAGCAGAAACACUCGAGGAACUGCUAGUUAUCUGUUUCAUCUGGUUUUCAUCACUGGAAAUGCUCCAGGGUUUAACGUGUAUUUCCUACUGGUUGGGAUUGCAGUUGGAACUGUGUUUAUGGCAAUCUUAUGGGUCACAACACUACUGUACAAAUGGUUCUGCGGGGCUCAAAGGGGAGAUAAAGCUGGACUGAUUCAGACUGAUGGGGCUGAUUCGGUGGACAGUAGGGGAGAGCCUUUUUACGCUAAUAAAGUUAUGAUGUCACCAGUUGAAGACCCCACACUAAAUCACCCAGAAACCCUACAUUAUUCAACAAUUAGCUUUAUAAAUACCAAUCUGGAGUCAAACAACAUCAGAGGCAUUUCUUCGCUUACUACUGAUUAUGCUGUGGUCCGAUAUUUUGGUCAAAAUGUAGAAGAUGGUGAGGAAAAGAGUAGAAAGCUUUCCUCAAUGCCACAUGGAGAAGACAUUUAUCAGGUUCCUCACAAAGCAGCAGCUGAAGCAAGACAGGUGCAGAUGUGGACAUAAAGCAAAGUGAAUCUACUAAAGCAUGAAAUAUUUGUAGAAACAUUGAAUUUUAAAUUAAUUCAAAUAGGGA